GACAGUCAUAGAAUGUUCUGUAAUUUUCUGCUUUUUGGUGGUUGUCGAUGGAUAAUUUGUUAUUGGUUUUGUUCUCGUGAGUGCUUCCUGUAUUAUAGAGAAAUGAUUUUAUUAAUUUGUUUACAGCGAGCUACUCUUCGCCUAGCAAUUUAAUUUAUAGAAUCCAACGCUUUCAUUUAUGGUAGAAUAUAUGGUUUUCCUUUUUCAUUAUGGUAGAACAUAAGGUUUUCUUUUUCUUUCCCGCUGUUCUUCCAAUGUACUGUUGAGCGAUUGAAGCAAAUAUAUUUAGGAGUCCGUUGACUUUAUUUUUUGACCAUAGAACCUUAAGCUUCUACGAACUUCUCUUUAGACAGAAAGAGACGUGCAUUAUUUAUCUUUUUCUUGGUUGGGGUAAGGCAUGGUGGGUCCUUUUUGAUUAAGGAACUUAUGAGGGCAUCUCCAAGCAGUGUGAUAGAUAGCAGAAACUGUCAGCUAUACUAUAAGGGCUUGUCCUUCCAAUAACGUCUGAUACUCUGGCUCUCUGAGGGGUCAGCCUUCUAGCUAAGCUACCAAGGGUUAUGCUUGUGCAUCAAUUUCUUAUGGAUCAACUUGGAACAGAAGUUGCUUCUUCUUCCAAUUCCUUAUAGAGUCUACUGGAUAACCAGAAAAUACUGUUAGUAUGAUUAUUUGAGUUUCAAAAGUUAAGCAAACCAUCUAGUCUAACUUCAAAAAUCUGUAAUUGUUGGUUGAGACUUGGAUGAUAGAAAAUGACGUCUUUGUUCAUGACUGUAUACUUCCUAUUGGUGACUGAGCCAAUUCCACAAAGACACAGCAGUCUUAUCUUAUUUUGGCUGGUGAACGAACUAAUCCAUCAAAUAAUUGACCGUAUGAUUGCCCAGGUAGAUAAUAUGGGAUCUCCAACACUUUGGACCAUCAAUGUCCACUCAAAUGCAAAACAGUGAACACUGGACAUGUUCUCCAGGUUCAAGUCACAAAGCAUGCAACUAUUCUGGUUUUCUAAUUGAAGUUGAGGGGUCUAACUGAAAAUCCUGAUUUUUGGUUUUUUCAGGAUUAGGGCACCUAAAAAUAGAAAAAAUACCGCAACCAACCCCACCUUAAAUUGAUAGCAUGAUCCGGUUAAUUGAUGUGCUCCAUUAUCCACCAAUUGAAGUAAUAUCAAUCUGCUAGCAGCUUGGCAAUCCACCUCUUUAGUAAUAGAGAUUGUCUUCUUUGUGACGGCAUCAUCUAUUUAUGCCUAUAUUCUUUUGUCUUUGCUCAUCCAUAGCUUCAUUGAACAUUAACAUAUCCUAUUCUCCCUAAGCGCCUAAUUGCAAUCUCAAAUGCAGCCAUCUGUUAUUGCUGAUGAUUCUGCUAUAAGUAUGUGAUAUUCCCUAAUCGUUCCAGCUUCUCAUGCAGAGCUGCUUGUGAGUCCAAUGCGAUGGGUGAAUCUUCUGGGUUCUCACAUCAAGGCUCAGCUCAAGCAACUUCAGUGACAAUUCCUCAAAGGGAAGCUACUGCAUGGCGAAUUGAAUCUAAGCCUCGGAUAUAUCAUGGAUCAGAGGAUAGCAACCUAUUUUCAAGCUCUUUGCCUGUUUUGCCACAUGAGAAAUCAAGUCUUGACGGGUUGGAUCAUGGAGUGGAUAUCAAUGGAACCUCAUCAUCAAUUUUAAACCAUAUUCAUCCAAAUGGAGAGAUUAAAGAGUCCGUUGAAGAUAUUGAUCAUCUUGCAGCUGGAAGUUUUCUGCCUGAUGAUGAGGACGAACUGUUAGCUGGCAUCACAGGAAACUUUGACUACAGUACCUUGCCUGGUCAUCUUGAAGAUUUAGAUGAUUACGAUCUCUUUGGCAGUGGUGGGGGCUUGGAACUGGAUUUGGAGCCACAAGAGAGCCUCAACCUGAGUUUUGCAAAGGCAACCAUUUCAGAUAAUUAUAUUGGAAGUGGUGUCGGACACUCUGGGCUUUCAAAUGGUGUGGGAGCUAUUGCCGGGGAGCAUCCAUAUGGAGAACACCCUUCUAGAACAUUGUUUGUGAGGAAUAUCAAUAGCAAUGUUGAGGAUUCAGAGCUGCGGUCUCUGUUUGAGCAAUAUGGUGCAAUCAGGUCUAUGUACACUGCCUGCAAACAUAGGGGAUUUGUCAUGAUAUCUUACUAUGACAUCCGCGAUGCUCGGAAUGCAAUGCGUGCACUGCAGAACAAGCCAUUACGUCGAAGAAAGUUGGACAUUCAUUUUUCAAUUCCAAAGGACAAUCCUUCCGAUAAGGAUAUAAAUCAGGGAACUCUUGUAGCUUUUAAUCUGGACCCCUCUGUUUCCAAUGAUGAUCUCCGCCAGAUCUUUGGUGCUUAUGGAGAAAUAAAAGAGAUUCGAGAAACCCCAUAUAAGCGGCAUCACAAGUUUAUUGAAUUCUAUGAUGUCAGGGCAGCAGAAGCUGCUCUUCGGUCUUUAAACAGGAGUGACAUUGCUGGAAAACGUAUAAAGCUUGAACCGAGUCGCCCUGGGGGAGCUCGGAAAAGCUUCAUGCAGCAAUUGAGCCAGGACCUGGACCAGGAUGAAGGUAGAAACUAUCGAGUCCAAGUGGGUUCUCCGAUCGGGAGCUCUUCUUCUGGCAAUUGGGCACAGUGCAGCCCCAGAGAAAAUAGUUCAUUUCAUGGUUUUAGCCCAUCUCCAAGUUUGAGAACCACUAGUCCCAUUGGUAGCAACAGUCUACCCGGAUUAGCAUCUAUUUUACCAUCUCUUGUGUCCACUUCUGUGAAGAUUGCGCCUAUUGGUAAAGAUCAAAGCAGGAGCAGCUCUGCAGAGCAGGCAUUCUUAAACAAAUCCAUUAAUAAUGCUGGUUUUUCUCAUUCUCGUUCCUUCCCAGAGAAUAGUAGUCAAAUGAUGCCAAAUCUGGGGCAGGGUGCUGGUAAAAUAACCCUUGGUCAAAGUUCGUCUUCUGCAUCAGAUGUUAGUACAUUAAGUGGACCUCAGUUUCUCUGGGGGAGUCCAACUCUUUAUUCUGAGCAUACCAGUUCCUCAUUCUCUUCUGCUUCUGCACUUGGUUAUCCAUUUCUUUUCAACAAUCAACCACAUGGUUAUUCUUAUGCAAAUCGUCAGACCUCCUUGAUGAGUUCAUCAAACCAUAAUCAAUAUCAUUUUGGUUCUGCUCCAUCUGGUACCCCCUUUGAGAGGCACCAAGGUUUCUUCCCCAGCUCCCCUGAAACAGCUUAUAUGGGUGCUCUUUCUUUUGGAGAUGUGGGUAUGAAUCGUACUGAAGGUGGUUACAUGAUAAAUAUUGGCAAUAGAACCACUGUGGACUCUGAAGUUGGUAUUUUGAAAAAUGUGAUGGCCGGAAUUGGCUCACCAAGCUUACCAGUUUAUCCAUCACAUAGAUUAGGGAAUUUGGUACAUGGGGGUAUUCCCUUCCCUGGGCGUUUUGAGGUAAUGGCUAAUCGUGUAAGAAGUCAACGAGUUGAGAAUGAUGUAACCCAGAUGGACAACAAAAAGCAGUAUCAACUUGACUUGGACAAAAUAGCCAGUGGUGAAGAUACCAGAACAACACUCAUGAUAAAGAACAUCCCUAAUAAGUACACGUCCAAAAUGCUGCUUGCAACCAUUGAUGAAAAUCAUGGGGGCACAUAUGACUUUUUUUACUUGCCCAUAGACUUCAAGAACAAAUGCAACGUGGGUUAUGCUUUCAUAAACAUGGUGUCUCCUUCCCACGUGAUUCCUUUCUCUGAGGCCUUCAACGGAAAGAAGUGGGAGAAAUUUAACAGUGAGAAGGUGGCUUCACUGGCAUAUGCUCGUAUACAGGGUAAAGCUGCUCUCAUCACUCAUUUCCAGAAUUCAAGCCUAAUGAAUGAAGACAAGCGCUGCCGUCCUAUCGUCUUUCACUCUGAAGGCUCUGAGGCUGGAGAUCAGGAACUGUGUCAGAAAACAACGUGAACUCCCAUCCUUGUCACAUGGAUGCAAAACUCGGCUAUUUUGUGAGGAGGUCUGGUGAAGGUCCGUGUUCGUGAAAAGAAUGGGAAAGGUAAAGGGGUUGAAAUAGCCUUGAAGGUUUAUGGUUCAUCAGUCCUGUCCAAAGCUGUUAAUAUUUUGUAUAUAGCAAGUCGAUUAUGUGAUGAUGUCAUAUGGUGUGUCCACUUUUGAAAUCAAUGGAUGCAUCAAAAAAUUGUGUGGCCUAAAGAACAUGUGAAUGAAGAGGAUGGUGUAAAGAAUGGUAGAAUAGCAUCCAAAUGUACAGAUAAACAGAAGCCUGCUCUGAUGUAUUUACUAGCAGAAUCUGUCAAUCGAGUUUUUGUUACUUA